GCAGAUAAAAAGAAGAAACUCUAAUAUAAAUUUAAUCACCAAAAAAAGUGAAAACGUAAAGGACUCUCAAUCGACUUAGUAGACUACACUUUAAAUUAGACUGUAUCAGCAAAAACCUAUUCGCGUGACGAGCUGAAGUAACAGAACUUUUCGUUGGUUUCUUGUUGUUUCUUUCGUGAACUAAAAUAACGAAAAAAAAAACAUUUUCUUUGAUUUUCGAUUGUUGUUCUUUUUGUUUUUGAAAACAUCGUAGAUUAUAGUAACAAACACUAUUCAAAUUAGAAACGUUUCUACUAAGCUGCCCAUGUGUUAACAAAUUUUGCGAGUGAUUUUAAUAAAAAAAAAAUUCUUUGCAAUUUCGAGAUUUGUGGACAUAAAUACGUAAUUUUACAGCUGGUGAAGACUAAAAAAAAAGUGACAUUAGUACCUACCUACCUAUACUCUUCAUAACAAAGAACUCAAUGGGUGUAUUGGAACCAGGAACUACAGUAAUUUUCGUGUUCGAGUGUUAACUUUUGGAUAUUUUCUCGUUUGAAAGGCGAAAAUAAUUUACAAAAAGUCUCCGAUUUGUUUAAGGAGCCCUACAACAUGAGUGAAUUAACUCCCGAGGAGAUGAGAGCCCGUCGUCUGCGACGACUCGGCAUCGCACCUGUGGUACAGUCACCACCGCCACUAAGUGAACCACCGACAAUUGAACCUACCCACUCAAAAGACGAUUUAACAUUUGAUGCUCAAAAGAAUAAAAUAUCAUCGACAACGCAUGGAUCGAUAGAGAUUGAUGAAAAUGAACAUAAGCAAAAGCAAAUCAAAUUCGAUGAGGAUGUAGAUGUUCGACAGAAGACAGACUGCAUAUUUAACAAUAACGAAGAAUCACUAUUAAUCAAAACAUCGAAUUUGGCUGGUACUUCUCGUUUAAUCAAACAGGACGAGAAUGUCCUUAAUCGAAAUGUGGACAAUAUUCCAACAGAGUGCGAGUCUGAAUCCAAUCGAAUGGAAAUCGACGAAAAUUGUUGCGAAACUGUAGCAGCUGUUGAGAGAAUGGAAACCGAAGACACUCAUCAGUCGGCGCAAAAAAGAUCUGAAAAACAAUUCCAACCCGAAGAACCAGCAGUCGAUGAACGAACCUUGUGUUUGUCGCGUAUUUUGGAUGCAUUUUGGGAUGAUUACUGUGUGGGAAAAAUCAUCGUAUCAGAAACGGCAUUUAAUCGCUCUGAAGACGAUGCCAGUGCAUCGAUAAAUUACGAAGAUUUGGCAUCGCAGAUUCUGGUUGAAAUCGCAAUCGAAUAUUUUGAAGGUAAAUUGGUUGACGUGAAGGAUUCACCGGAAAAUGAUAAGUGGAAAUCAGCAAGCUCAUCGAGUGCUGCCGACUGUCCAGUACCAAUGUUGCAGCCAUUUAAUCCAGCAAACGAAGCUGUUUUCAAAUAUUUUAUGGGCGCAUUUACUCGUUGCGAACAACAAUUUGUCAAGUACAGCGAUGCCCAUGCGGCUAAGAAAUUCGAUAGUGUUACACUCCGGGAUAUACUGACAAUGAUUGGCAAUGUUAAGCUACAAAUCAUUCGGUACACAAUAAUGCUCCUGGUAAAUAAAUUACGACCAAUGACCAAGGACUCACCAAAACGUUCAGGGAAAAGUCCUCUACUUCAGCUGCUGCUUCAAAAUGAUAUUCCAUCCGAUUUUCUUCGUUACAUCGUAGACGAGAGUUCCAAAAAUCCAAGCGAUUUCAAUGCAAUUUUCGAUGAAGUGGUCAAUAGCCUGAACCUAUACAUGCAAUCCAACACAGCGACUGAUGGAAAACUCAAUGCAACACCGAUUUUUGCACUGAACGAAUUGCUAAACGUCACCUUAAUCAAUGAGCCAAAUGUUCGACCAGUUUGCAAUUUAAUAGCGAAAAAGAAGAACUUCUAUCCAACACUAACGACAGAAUAUACCGGACGUGAAAUCACCAGAACAAGCUUCUUGGGACCAUUUCUGUCGAUGUCAGUGUUUUCUGAGGAUAAUCCACGAUUGUUGGACGACGAAUCGAAGCCGGAAAUCGAACAUGUCUCGGAUAAUCUACGAUCGCAAUUGGAAGGCAUGCGUGCAACACUGCACACGGUUUUCCAUAAUCUAUUGAAGAACGUGGAAAGUCGUAAUGGGGUGUUGAUGUAUUUCUCAGCGAUUUUGAAGCACAACGAUAAGCGCACUCAAUUUCAUGCUGAUGAUAAAACCCUAGCCCGAGACGGUUUCAUGAUCAAUGUAAUGUGUGUGCUGCAGAAACUUUCGAUUAAAAUCAAACUCGAACGCGUCGAUCCAAUGUAUCCCUUUCAUUGGGAGUCCAUGAUCAAUAUUUCCAAGGACACGAAAUUGCGUUACGAUGAGACUGAGUACAAGGAGUGGACUGAUUCGCUAAGAAACGGUCUUUCUGGUGUAAAAUGGGAACAAGUUAAUUUCCAAACACAUUGCUGGUUCCUCACACUUCAUGGUCAUCACUUAGCUAUACUGCCAGCUAUUCAGCGUUACAACAAACGUCUACGAGCGAUCAAAGAAAUUCGUCGUAUGUUACAGGAACUGAAUAACACCAAAUCACACUGGGAAAAUUCUGUGAAUGCUGGUAGGAAUAAGGAUCUCAUUGAGCGAUGGAAUCAUCAACUGAAGAAACUCAACAAAUCUAAAGUCUGCUGUGAUAUUGGUCUCAUUGACCCGCACGUAAUUCGUCAAUGUUUCCACUUCUACAGUACGGUAUGCGAGUUCAUCUUAUAUCAAAUGGAAGGCCGUAAGCCCGAGGGCCCGUUCAUAACCAGCAUUGCACCGAAUAUAAUUAAACCAACGGAAGCAUUUUCAGCACUGCCCGAAUGGUAUGUGGAGGAUAUUGCCGAUUUCCUACUAUUCGCAAUGCAAUACACUCCGCAAAUUAUCGGUGAAGUUUUCGAUCACUCAAUCAUCACGUGGUUGCUGACGUGUAUUUGCGCCCCACAAUGUAUCAAGAAUCCCUAUGUCACGGCGAAAUUGGUUGAAGUGUUAUUCAUUGUAUCGUUAAACGUUCACUCCAAUACCGCAUUGCAUUCGGCUAUAAUGAACCAUGGACUCGCUCAAACGGUCCUGAUUAGCUCUCUUAUGAAAUUCUACACUGAUAUUGAAACCACCGGACAAAGUACUGAGUUUUAUGAUAAAUUUACAAUAAGAUACCAUAUAAGUCACCUGUUCAAGGGCAUGUGGGAAAGUGCAAUUCACCGUCAGGCCAUGAUUGACGAAUCGAAGACUGGAAAACAAUUUGUCAAAUUCAUCAAUAUGCUCAUGAAUGACACAACCUUCCUACUGGACGAAUGUCUUGUUUAUUUGAAACGAAUCCAUGAGACACAAGCGCUAAUGAUGAAUGAAACGGAAUGGGCCGCAAUCGGGACCGAAAAUCAGCAUCAACGCCAGCGCCAAUUGAGCCAGGACGAAAGACAGUGUCGAUCGUAUCUAACGUUGGCUAAGGAAACGGUGGACAUGUUUCACUAUCUAACCGUUGAUAUUAAGGAACCAUUUUUACGUUCCGAAUUGGUGGAUCGUUUGACAUCGAUGUUGAACUAUAAUCUGCAUCAAUUGUGCGGACCAAAGUGUAAUAAUUUAAAGGUUAGAAGUCCGGCGAUGUAUGGCUGGGAACCCCGAAAACUGCUCGGACAAAUUUUCGAUAUUUAUUUACAUUUGAAUUGUGAUAAAUUUGCUGCAUCGCUGGCGGCCGAUGAACGUUCAUUUGAAGUACAUCUAUUUGCGGAUGCCGCUGAUCGCAUUCAACGAUUACAAAUUCGUUCGGUUGUCGAAGUGGAACAAUUCCGACAUCUAAUGGCACAGGCCCACGAUAUUUAUGUCGCAAAUCAAGAAAAUGAAGACGAGUACGCCGAUGCUCCAGAUGAAUUCCGUGAUCCCCUGAUGGACACGCUAAUGUGUGAUCCAGUUUUGUUGCCGAGUGGAAAAGUGAUGGAUCGUUCAAUUAUCACACGACAUUUGCUUAAUAGCAAUACAGAUCCGUUCAAUCGACAACCAUUAACUGAAGAAAUGUUACUUGCUGAUGUCGAGCUAAAAGAGCGCAUCAUCGCAUGGAAGCGUGAAAAACGAGAUAAGAAGCUGCAGAUGAGUGUGAAUCCCAAUGUGAAGAGUUAAAAAUGUAAUUAAUUGUAGGGCUUAGUGUUGGUUUUUCUUUACUUUCUAAAACACAACAAUCCACCAUGAACUUAAAUAAAACAGAAACUUAAGAAUCGAUUCUCUCGGAAUAAAAAUAUUAGAUAAGGAAACUGACAUUUUUUAUGGAAUACUCAGUAAAAUCAUUGAUAAAUCGCUGUAGUAUCUGUGAAAAUAAAAAAUUUGAAAGCAUCGGAAAAUGUAAAAGAAA